AUGACAACGGAAUCUAAUGUUGGCAAAAUGGAAGAACAAGUUUCAAAGCUUGAAGAAGGGACCGCCCACAGAGUCUCGAAAUGUGCCUGUUUCACUGGUUUUUGUUCGUCGUCUUCUGCAGUAGCCAUCACACAAAAGAUAAUAGCAGAGGCGAUUGGCACAUACUUUGUGGUAUUUGCUGGGUGUGGUGCAGUGGCUGUUAACAAAAUCUAUGGUUCGGUCACAUUUCCUGGAGUAUGUGUGACAUGGGGUCUAAUUGUCACCGUUAUGAUUUAUUCUGUUGGCCAUGUUUCUGGUGCACACUUUAACCCCGCUGUCACCAUCACUUUCGCUAUUUUUCGUCGAUUCCCCUAUCGUCAGGUUCCUCUGUACGUUGGAGCUCAAGUUUUGGGAUCAAUUCUUGCCAGUGAAAGUCUUGCUUUGUUGCUUGACAUAACUCCCGAUGCUUAUUUUGGAACUGUUCCAGUCGGAUCGAGUGGCCAGUCCUUAUUUGCUGAAAUUAUUAUUUCAUUUCUCUUAAUGUUCGUCGUCUCUGCAGUUGCCACGGAUAAUAGAGCGAACGGUGAACUAGGAGGGAUUGCAGUUGGAAUGACCAUACUACUAAAUGUCUUUGUUGCUGGGCCAAUUUCAGGAGCAUCAAUGAAUCCUGCAAGGAGCAUAGGGCCUGCCGUUGUGAUUCAUGUUUACGAAGGAUUGUGGGUUUAUAUCGUCGGACCAAUCAUUGGGACCUUUUCUGGAGGAUUUGCAUACAACUUGUUAAGAUUCACUGACAAGUCCUUUGGAGAUUUGACUGCAAUCACUUUAUUUUUCAAUUCAAAUAAUUAG